UUUCUCUCUUCCUCUCUCUCCUGUAAAACACAAAACAAAAUCCCCAAAAUGUCCUCACCGUCCCUCCGCGUCUCCACCACCGCCCACCGCCACCUGGGGUUCAACCGCUCCCUCUCCCCCUCAACACCCCAAAACCUCUUCACCUUACUCUCCUUCCCCACUUCCACUUUCCCAAAACACCCUCGGAAGCUCGCCGCCCGGUCCCAAAAGAAGCAAGGCAAAGCCAAUGAAGUGGGGUCGAUCAAGGUCAAGGGCAAACCGGGAAAUGUGUGGAGCGUGGACAACGAGCUGGCUGCUCAAGAGAAAGGGAAGCCCACAAAGAGAAGAGGGAGAAGGAGAGUUGUGAAGGGGAAGAGAAGUAGAGGUGGUGGUGGCAGAGCUGUUCUGGUCUCUGGUGCUAUGUUAAUGGAGGUCGAGACUGUUCUUCAAACUCAGGAACCUGUGAUAAGACCCUCAUGGAAUACAUUUUCUAGUAGUGUCAGUGGGAUAUGGAAGGGUGUUGGAGCAGUUUUUUCACCCAUCACUGCAGAAAUGGAGCCAAUUGAUUUUGGAAGCAGGGAUGAACAACUUUAUGAUUGCUAUACUCUUUCUCGCAUUGAGGCUGUGCCAUCAUCCUCUGGAGGGCCAGCAUCACAUGUCCAAAGGAAAAUUAAUUGGGUGACUUUAAAUCCUCAUGGUGAAAAAAGCAAUAGUAAUGAAAGUGGAAGAAAUCAUGUGUUGCCUCAAUUUGAGGCCUUUAACUUUGAAAGAAGUGACGUGAUGGAAGAAGAUGUCAUGGGCAGAGAACCUGGUCUUGUUUUCUUUGAGGAUGGAUCUUAUUCUAGGGGUCCUGUUGAUAUCCCAGUUGGUGAAGUUGAUGAUUCUAACUAUUACCUUUCACCAACUUUCAAAUUUGAACAGUGUUUGGUUAAAGGUUGCCACAAGAGACUUCGAAUUGUUCAUACCAUAGAAUUCAGCAAUGGUGGUUCAAACAUUCAGAUAAUGAGAGUUGCUGUGUAUGAGGAACAGUGGGUUAGCCCUGUCAAUCUUCUGGACCAAAGUGAUUCGGAGCUUGAUUUGAAACCAUUUUCUCAGCGGAAACGAACUCAGUCAUCAGAGCUGGCUGGGCCAUGGAAGGUGUUUGAGGUCAGUGCUACUCCAAUUUAUGGUGAGGAGAUGGACCAGAUGGUGUUGGAGCAAGAGAAUAGCGUUCCCUAUGUCUACCUUUGCACAGAGGCUUUAAAGAAAAGGAGCUUGCCUGGGCAUGCUGCUUACUUUGGUGAGGAAGAGAUGCUAGACAUGCAAGAUGCGACUAUGCUUUGGCUUCCAGGUGGUGUCACUGCCUAUGUUGAUGUAAAUAAGGAUGGCAUCCUUUGUAUUGGAGUUGGGUGGUACUCAGAUGAAGGAAUCAACCUUGUUAUGGAGAGGGAUUAUGGAAUAGAUGGGAAACUCAAGGACAUCCGAUCGAAGUCAGAAAUGAAAAGAAGGUGGUCGGAUCCUCAGCCCGAGUAAAUCUUCCUUUGAAACAGUUUUAGCUCCUGUUCGUUGUUUGUAUAUUUUCAGCUCCAGUAGUAUUUGCUUGUAUAUUAUCUCCAGAUUAAAAAAUAACUUGUGAAUUUACAUACCAAACUUUUCAGAAAGCUAAAACAUAAGACCAAAAAUAAGAAAUGAUGGCACUUAUUGUA